AAGGUGAUGCCGUUACCAUAGCAACGAAAAAAACGACCUGCACUAGCGCGUGAUUGGUAUCCUGGCAACGAUGGAAGACCACAGAGGAUCAGAGAGAAGGAGGAGAAACCCGCCAGACCUGAACCGCUCAGGUGAAGAGCUUGACGUUAGCAGCGCUGCUGCAGGAGGUGAACGAGUCCUGCAGUGAACGUUCCAGAAUGUCUUACCUCUGACAGCCUGGGGCGAUUCCUCAAUGGCCACCAAUGGUUCUGCGCCCCUGGUGUUUCGGCUCCAUGAAAACACUCCGGAGGUGGUGCGGGAGGUGCUGCUGGAGCGCGGCUGGGAAGAGUAUGACCCACACGAGCAGGUGGAAGGGGACUGGAACCUCUACUGGCGCACCUCAGCCUUCCGCAACUUUGAGUAUGAGAACAUUUUACCCUGGCAGAGGCUGAACCAUCACCCUAAAAUGACAAGAAUUGCACGCAAGGACUAUCUGGCACGCAACCUGAGAAGAAUGAGGGGCACGUAUGGUGCUGCUUUGUAUGGCUUCAGCCCCACGGCCUUUAUCCUCCCGAAUGACUACAUCAAGUUCCUGGAAGUGUAUACCAAGACUCGUGUGGAGAACGCUGGAAAGCCGGGAUAUUGGAUCUGUAAACCGGUGGAUCUCUCCCGAGGAAGAGGAAUCUUUAUCUUUGAUGACAUCAAGCACUUGGCUUACAAUUCUCAUGUAAUUGUACAGAAAUAUAUAAGCAACCCUCUUCUAAUCUCAGGUUACAAGUUUGACUUAAGGAUCUACGUGUGCGUGAAAAGCUUCUGUCCUCUCACGAUCUACAUGCACCAGGAGGGCUUGGUGCGUUUCGCAACAGAGAAAUACAACCUAGCAUCUCUUGACAACCUGUUCUCUCACCUGACGAACACCAGCAUCAACAAAUUCGGUCCAUUUUACACCACAGAUAAAGAGAGGGUAGGUCAGGGAUGUAAGUGGACCUUGAGCAAAUUCCGCAGCUUCCUUCACAGCCAAGGCAUCAACGAACUUCUGCUCUGGCAAAAGAUCAACAACAUAGUGACGCUGACCCUGCUCACGAUGGCUUCUUCCAUUCCGUCCAGCCCCAACUGCCUGGAGCUGUUUGGCUUUGAUAUCCUCAUCGAUUCCAACUUGAAACCUUGGCUGUUGGAGGUCAAUUACAGCCCUGCACUUUCUCUGGACUGUCCUGCUGAUAUAGUGGUCAAAAAAGGAGUUAUAAAUGAUCUCAUCGAUUUGAUGAAUUACAGGAAGGUAGAUGGUCUAAGACAGCGAGGAUGUCUUAGACGAAGACACAAACGAACCUGCUGUCUAGGUAGCCCAUCCUCACAGAGAAAAAGCCUUGCAGCAUUUCUGAUACCAAAGUCUGUGUCUGGAAAGAAGAGGCAAAGGCAGUCCAGCUUAAAUUCUCUACAUGCAGAAAAUCUUGUGUGCCCGUCAGUGGAGAGAAGCGUAAAUUCACUAGGCUCUACACUUCAUCCAGCCUGUCAGAAUUCAAAGACCAUCAUUGUUAGUGGAAACAAAAAAAAGAGUCCUCUACAAGUGGAGGGCCCCACCUGCUGGUCUGAACUUGAAGAGUCAUUUGAAGACCACAGGGAUAUAAUUAGGCGCUGCUCAUCACAUGCAUGUAGGUUACCUGCCAUUCAUGCCCCCAAGUACAAGCCCCCAAGGUUCUCAUGGGAUCAAGGAACUCAUGAAAUGACCACACCGUCCCUUCGUGUGGGAGAUUUUAUACUGACAUUUCCUUUCAAUGAGGCCACUUGGAAAGCUUCACAGGAUACACUGGAUGUAAAGACUGUAUUGCAUGAAGUACAUCAGCUCAUGAGUCAGCUUACCUUCUCUUGUGUACACAAAGAGAAAAGAAGGAAGGAGAACAAUGACAGCAGUGCAGCCAUAAAAAAUAAAUUUGCAUCUCUACUCUGGGGUCCUAGAAACCCCCCACUUCUGAGUGAAUAUUGCUCCUCAAGCUGAAUAGUCCUGGCAUUUCAUGUAAAAUGCUUGUGGAAGGAAAAUAUUCCCAGCUGGGUCUCUGGCAGGACAAGCCUUGGGGAUGUAUUAAUAUUAUUUGUAAUACAGUAGGACUUUUUAUGUGUAAUAAACAUCUUAUUAACAA